AUGGCGCACUACUCACACGGGAUCCAUUGUCCGUUGGAGAAUCCGUCCAAGGAGAUCCGUGUUUUAGAGAUAAUCGACAAUUCCCAUGACACGAUCGAGUGCCGCCUAGUGAAAGACAAGGUAGAUGGUCAACCCUACAGUGCGCUGUCAUGGUGCUGGGGUAAACGAGAUCACAAUGAUAAGACGGUGAUUCGUAUGAUACAGUCGGGCCAGCCAUAUGAGUUCCUUGUACCCAGGAGUCUUGAAACCGCCAUGCGAGUGCUUCGUACUCAUGGCGUUUUUAGAGUAUGGAUCGACUUCGUCUGUAUGGACCAGGACAACAUCAAUGAGAAGAAUUUUCAGGUGCCAAUGAUGUCGAGUAUCUACGGGGAGGCUGAAUGUGUCUAUGUAUGGCUCGGCGACGAGGGCGAAAACAGCAAGUUGGCAAUGGACUUCGUAAAAAACCGAGUUCUCAACCUAAAAGAAUGGGAUCGAUUGAUACGAGACGACAAGAUCGUCAAAGAGUGGCAAGCCCUGUCAGCAUUGAUGAGGCGUUCUUGGUUUUCCCGUCGGUGGAUCGUGCAAGAGAUUGCAAUCGCCCAAAAAGCAACUCUCUUCUGCGGGAUGGAUAGCGUUGAUUGGAAGGACUUUGCAGACGCCGUGUCUCUCUUUAACGAGGUAGAGACGGGUACCCGCAGGAUUUCCGAGGUUAUAAAUGACAAAGUACUUGGACAUAUGCCGGAUUUAGGAGAUGUGUCCGAGCUGAGCGCCACCACAUUAGUCGAGGAGACAAACAACCUUUUCCGACGACUCUCGGGGAACGAACGCCAAGCCCAGUUCAGUCUCGAGUAUCUUGUAUCGAAACUGACCACAUUUGAUUCAUCAGAACCUCGUGAUACCAUAUACGCACUCCUCGCCGUUGCGAGAGACACAGAACCCGUGAGGUUGCUCACAGAAGACGUGAUCGAAAAAUGGACUUGGCAGAAGUACAUAAAGGAGAAACUCGUCAAGCAAUUGGCAGUAGCAAAUGUCUCUAACCCGUACCCCGUGGACUAUAGACUCCCAUUAUCGGACGUCUACGUCCAAUUCGUCAACUGGGCUAUUGACAAAUCCGACAAGACCCGAGCCCUCGACAUCAUUUGCCGACCAUGGGCUCCAGAACCACCACCAUCGGAUAGCUUCAGCACUUACAGCGAAGAGGAAGACUCUCAUUGGCGAAUCCGAACCAACUCAUCGCGCCCCGAAGACGAAGGCGAAGACACCCUCCCAUCAUGGAUCCCCACCAUAACCCGCGCAGCCUUUGGCAUGGACGGCGAAGGUCAAAAGAUGCGACGUAAAAACGCCGACAGCCUAGUAGGGCUGCCACCCAAGCGCGUCUACAGCGCCGCCGGGACCCGGGUCCUAACGGAGAACUUCCGCAUCGAAGAGGGAGUCACAGAAUUCAGUCACAACGCAGCUCUCAACGGACUGCACUACCACAGCAUGUUCGUCGAAGGCUUCGUGCUAGACCGAGUAAAAGAGCUGAAGUACCCUUCACAACAAGGCAACAUCCCACGCGACUGGAUCAAGCUCGCACGUCGGCGCGACCCAACCGGCGACCUGCCAGACGAGUUCUGGCGCACCCUAGUCACAGACCGCGGACCUGGUGGCGAGAAUGCGCCGCGAUACUACCCACGUCUAGUCCGCCACGCGCUGAACCAAGGUGUCCACGGGGACUCGCUGAACACGACGGACAUCGUGAACUGGGGCAACUGCAGCAUCGUCGGGGAAGUGCUGCGGCGCGUACAAUCCGCGAUCUGGAACCGGCGAAUGAUGCGCACCGAGAGGGAUCGCAGCCUCGGUCUCGCACCGGAGGACACGCGGCCCGGCGACCUGAUAUGCGUGCUUUACGGGUGCAGCGUACCCGUCCUUCUCCGCCCAUUCACAAAGACAGAAAGGGAAGUCGAAGAGGAAGGAAGGCGGCGCGAGGAGAAGCAGCGUCGACGGGAACGCGAGGCCGCUGCGAAGAUCAGCCAGGUGUGGCGGGACAUAGUAACGAUUCGACGAGCUGCGGCAGAGCGCAGACGUGCCGGACAACCCGGGUGGGAGGCCUGGGAUAAGUUAGAAUCCGGCGCGACCACGUCCGAGAAAGACUUCCCGCGGGAACGGCGAGAGCCAACUACUCAGGUCCUGAAGACGGAGAAGGUGCCGCUACAAAGCGAUCCUUAUACUUACUACCAGCUCAUCGGCGAGUGCUACGUCGACGGCAUGAUGAACGGCGAGGCGCUGUUGCGGUUUGAGCCGUCCAUGUUGUUUGAGAUACGGUGA